UAUUAUUGAGUGAUUUUUGAAAAAGGGGACAAUUGGAAUUAUUCGGAUAUCAGAGUGUGUUUACGCCAAGAUGGGCACCCUCACGGGGAUGUUUCAAUUCCUAGUGACGACCUGGCUGGUUGCUGCCGUCUGCAACGGCCAAACCACCCAGGGGCAGCCACUCCAGGACCAGCCAACCCAUGCCCCAUCCACGGAGAUCCUUCUCCGCGAAUGCAUCAACCUCACUCUUCACGAGUCACGCCGCCCCGAACCACCAGACGCCGAUGUGCCCGUCCCUCUGCAAGCCGUCUUCAACAAGUCCGUUGAAGAAUGGCUGACGAAAGACAACAGCUCGUUUACACUCGACAAGUUCCAAAAUAUUCUCGCCUUCUCCACGGAGAAUCUGAUCCUGCUUGACGUGUUUUCUAAGAUGGCUGAACGGGUCACCGAAGCAUCCUUACACUGGGGACGAGUCAUUAUGAACGUAACAACAAACCACGACAACGACACGGAAAUGCACCAACUCGACCCGACCACUGUGGCGCCAAAACCAAAAGGUCGAGGUGACUCUGGACCUGGUGGAAACUACCCUCCUCCACCAUCACUACCACCACCCGGGGAGAUAAGCGUUCCAAGACGGGUGAACCAUCUCCGGAAACUCGCUUCGUACGUUUCUUGA